GGAAGCAAAGGAAAAGGCGACGGAGACAGCAACAGCAUCUGAGAGAAGCAAUGCGAAGUCUAAUAAAAGAAGUGAAAGGAAGUUCGUUGGUCAGAGGGCUGGCUGGUAAGCGGCCGACGUGCUGGAACACGUGUGCUAAUGUCACUCACCACGCGGCAACGAACAGCGACUCCGUCGUCCCCUCCGUCUCUCCCCUCCAGCCCUCCUCGAUCGCCAGCUCUCUUUCAGACACGGCUCGCUCUCUUCCUGCGUCCUUCCAUCCCUCGUCCACAGCAAAAGCAGUCAAGCAGGCAAGAAGAAGAGCCCAGCCGGUUCCUGCUUGCCUGCGGCUGCUUCCGGAUUCCCCUGCCAGCAGUCUCGGACCCCGGGCCAGCGACCUCCUCCCCGCCGGCCGCCGCCGAUCAAGUCCAGGCCUUUUUUCUUCUUCCGUCAGGUACAGGUCAGUCAGCCCCACUAGGAGACAUCGAUUGUGUCAGGGAGAAUGGCUGCGGGUGGCACAGGUAUCAGGAAGUACGUUGGGGCCCUCAAGGACAGCACAACAGUUAGCAUAGCAAAAGUAAACAGCGAUUAUAAGGAGCUGGACAUUGCUAUUGUGAAGGCCACAAACCAUGUUGAGAGUCCAGCAAAGGAGAAGUACAUAAGAGAUAUUUUUUACCAUCUUUCUCCUGGGAGGCCUCGUGCAGAUGUAGCCUACUGCAUCCGUGCCCUUGGUAGACGUCUUUCGAAGACACGCAACUGGGCGGUUGCUCUGAAGACAUUAGUUGUCAUACACCGUGCUCUUCGGGAAGUUGAUCCUACUUUCCGUGACGAGUUUAUUAGUUAUGGAAGAACUAGCUCCCAUAUGCUCCAUAUGUCCUACUUUAAGGAUGAUUCUAGUGCAGAAGCCUGGGAUUACUCUGCAUGGGUGCGCAAUUAUGCUUUAUAUUUGGAGGAGAGAAUUGAAUCAUUCCGUGUACUGAACUAUGACGUUGAAAAGGAUCCUUUGAGAACUCGAGAUCUUGAUACAGUUGGAUUGCUCGAUCAGUUACCAGCAUUACAGCAGCUUCUUUUUCGAUUACUUGGUUGCCAGCCACAAGGGUCAUCAUCUUAUAACAUCAUAAUUCAGCAUGCACUAUCAAUGGUUGCUCUAGAGAGUGUUAAGAUCCAAACGGCCAUCAAUGAUGCAAUACUCAAUCUUGUUGACAAGUUCUUUGAGAUGCAAAGAGAUGACGCUAUAAGGGCACUUGACAUGUAUAAAAGAGCAAUUAGCCAGGCAGAACAACUUUCGGAAUUUUAUGAAGUGUGUAAAAGUAUACAUAUUGGGCGUGGUGAGAGAUUCCUAAAAAUUGAACAGCCACCUGCAUCGUUCCUGGCAGCUAUGGAGGAGUAUGUGAACAAUGCUCCCCUUGCUUCAACAGUUCAGAGAAAUCAGGCUGUACUAGCUAUAGAGUACAACAUAAAAUCAGAAGCUGAAGAACCAUCAACGCCACCACCUCCAGCUCCAGAACCUGAACCUGAGCCAGUUAAAGAAGUUCCACCCACAGCUGAACCAACAGAUUUGCUGGGAAUGGAUGAAUCAACCCCUGACACAUCUGAAAUAGAUCAAAAGAAUGCUUCAGCAUUGGCAAUUGUUCAACAAGCAGAUAAUGCUCCUAAAGCACCGGCUCCUACCAGUACCGAUAGCGUCGCCACCAGCUGGGAGCUGGCGCUAGUCACUGCACCCAGUUCGAAUGGAAUUGCUGUUACUUCAAGCAAAUUGGCCGGUGGACUGGACCUGCUUACACUUGACAGCCUAUACAAUGAGGCACACAGACAAGCGCAGCAGGCACAGCAGAAUGCGAAUUACAACCCUUGGGAGACCACUCCAGCAUCGGGUCCAAUGAUGCAACAGCCGAUGCACGACCCGUUCUACGCCUCCAAUUCCAUUGCCACAGCCCGCAACGUGCAGAUGGCGGCGAUGGCGCAGCAACAGCAUGCCUUCAUGCUCCAGAAGGAGCAGCAGCGGCAGAUGAUGAUGGUGGCACAGCAGCAGCAAGCCUCCUCCAAUCCGUUCGCCGACCCGUAUAUGCACGCCGGCGUCCACCCUUAUGGCGCUGGGAUGCAGCUCCAUGCCGGUAACGCUUACACUGGAACUGGGAUGAUGUAGCGCGCCACAGAAUCUGCUGCAUUGCUUUUGGCAAUUUUUGUUCUUUUUUUUUUCAUUUUUCCUUUGUAAGAAUGUCAAUAUGAGCACAGCCGUUGAAGUUUUUUUUCCCCCUGGCUGCAUGACCAAGAAGGGUCGAUGUGCACCUGCGAACUGAAGGACUAAUAUCCUUGCGAAUGCAGUACGAGAAACACACUGCCAUUUUCUGAUGUGGAUGUGGAAAGCUUUGUGAA